AUGGCCUACACGCUCAGCUCAGCCCCUGAGGGCCAGGCCCCCAGUGUUGGGCCUCAGCACUGUGUCACCAGGGUGGAAAUGUCCGUCACUGCAUCCAACCUACUGGACAGAGAUGUGACCUCCAAGUCAGACCCCUUCUGUGUUCUCUUCCAUGAGGUGGAUGGGAACUGGGCGGAGAUCAGCCGCACAGAGACUGCAGUAAACAACUUGAACCCGGUGUUUGGAGUGAAGUUUCAGGUGAACUAUCACUUCGAAGAGAUCCAGAAGCUUCGCUUUGCGAUGUUUGAUGAAGACAAGUGUGCCACGCAGCUCUAUGAACAUGACUUCCUGGGAGAAUUCAUCUGCACAUUGGGAGUGAUCGUGUCCAAUAAGAAACUUCAUAGGCCGCUGAUCUUGGCCAAUGGGAAGCCAGCUGGAAAGGGAACCAUUACGAUAACAGCUCAGGAGCUAUCUGAUAACAGAAUCAUCACUUUGACCCUGAACGGGCGGAAACUGGAUAAAAAGGACUUCUUUGGUAAGUCAGACCCUUAUCUUGAGUUCCACAAACAAGGAGAGGAUGGAAAAUGGAUGCUGGUGCACAGGACAGAGGUAAUUAAGAAUACCUUAGACCCAGUGUGGAAACCAUUCACUGUUCCACUCAUCUCUCUCUGCAACGGAGACGUGGACAGAAACAUCAAGAUCCAGUGUUAUGACUAUGAUAAUGAUGGAGGCCAUGACUUCAUUGGAGAGUUUCAGACCACCGUCACCAGGAUGAGCGAAGCCCAGAACUCAAGGGAGGUCGAGUUUGAGUGCAUCAACCCAAAGAAACAGAAGAAGAAAAAAAACUACAAGAACUCCGGAAUUAUUGUUCUGAAGUCAUGCAAGAUUACAAGGGACUACACUUUUCUGGACUACAUACUGGGUGGCUGCCAGCUGAUGUUCACUGUCGGGAUAGAUUUCACUGCAUCUAAUGGGAAUCCUCGAGAGCCCUCCUCCCUCCACUACAUCAACCCGCUGGGUAGCAAUGAGUACCUUGCGGCCAUCUUGGCUGUAGGACAAAUCAUACAGGACUACGAUACCGACAAAAUGUUUCCUGCUCUGGGAUUCGGAGCACAACUCCCACCGGAUUGGAAGGUGUCACAUGAAUUUGCCAUCAAUUUCAACCCCAGCAACCCCUUCUGCUCAGGUGUGGAGGGUAUAGCCCAGGCGUACUCUGCCUGUCUCCCUCACAUACGUUUCUAUGGUCCCACUAACUUUGCUCCUAUCAUCAACCACGUAGCGCGCUUCGCUACCCAGGCUCUGCAGCAGGAACGAGCAGCGCAAUACUUCACUCUUCUCAUCAUAACGGAUGGCGUCAUCAGCGACAUGGAUGAAACCCGCCACGCCAUCGUACAAGCGUCUCGGCUGCCCAUGUCCAUCAUCAUCAUAGGUGUGGGCAAUGCAGACUUUGCCGCGAUGGAGUUCUUGGACGGAGAUGCCAGUGUGCUGAGGUCCAACACGGGAGAGGAGGCCGUUAGGGACAUUGUGCAGUUUGUCCCUUUCAGGGACUUCCGUAAUGCACCAAAGGAGACAUUAGCCAAGUCGGUGCUGGCUGAGCUUCCUCAACAAGUGACCCAGUACUUCAAACAGCGGAAUCUAUCCCCUCGCAACCCGACACCUGAGUGA